AUGGGUGCUUCCAGUGACGUUAUAGGAGAGGUGUAUGUCGAUUGUCCAGUAGCUUCUAUUGGAUUACCAUGUGCGUCUGACGCAGGAUACGUUUCCUUACGAGACUUCACUCUAAAAAAUAUUUAUCCUGAUUCAAAGGAGGAACCACCCGAUUUACCGAAAGACACCCGGUAUUCAACAAGAAAAUUUUGUGUAAAGGUUUCCAAAUUGCAAAUAAAUGCCCAUUUGGUCUAUAGUGCGUCCCUUGAUAAGAAGGGCAAAGUGGUGAUUGACGAAACCCCCAGUCCUAAUUCUGUGUUGGACUUAUAUUCUUUCAAUUCGGUCUCAAAAUCAAAUCAUAUAUCAGAGGGUACGGAAAAGAUACUAGAGUGUGUGAGUUUUAAAGGUAAAGAGCAUAAAGAGUUUAUUUCCAAGGUGAGAAAGGAGGAAAAACAGAUAUCCAUUGUUUUGGUUCAAGAUGAUAGAUUAUGUUUUGUACAGAAUUUAUUAAGAGACCUUAGCUGCUACGGUAUUAGGGUCUUCUUACUUGUCCAUAGACCACCGGAGGGUAACACUUCUGAUUUGAAGCAAUUAUGCAAGCUGCUUGGCUCUUUAAUAAACAGAAUGAACAGCAAAUUUACCAAAAACAAUGGCAAACAAAUUCACAUGAUUUCUUAUGAACAAAGUGAUCUAGUUUUUGCUAUUUUCUUAUCACAGCGUAGUCUCAAUACAAACCUGACAACUGCAAUAAUUAUAUCCAAUGAUUUUGAUGAGCAGGAACUACUGAAAUCUAAACAUUACCUUGGCUUGAAUUUUAAGAAAAAAUCAGUCAACAAUGAUGUUCCUCGUUUUAGAAUUAGAACUCCAACGUUGUCAAUCUCUUUAAACAAAACUGUGCCGAAUUAUUGGAACAGUGAUUAUUUGAAACUGGGUCCAAAUCCUUGGAUUUGUAAAGCCAACAAAUACUUAGGGAAUGAAUACUUUAUUUUGGAGACUCAAAACAAUUGGUUUUCGAACGAUAUCAUUAAGUGGAUUAAAAGUUGGAAACAUAUUAAUAUACAAGAUGUUUAUGAUAUUGAUCUAGAUAAUGUAGAUAUUAACUGGGUCCUGGCAAAAAGUCAGAGACAGAUAUCUACGCCUAGUAGAAGUGCCGGUGUAAAGUCUAUUCCACUAGUCGUUAAUGAUACUUAUUUGGAAACCCAAAAUGAAGACGGAGAACAGGCUCCCUUUCUUAGAAACCAAUUUGACGAAGAAAUAGAUGAAGGUAAAGUAGACAUUUUCGAUAAGUACGGGUUACGUAUAAUGAGUAAAGAAGAUUUAUCUAAGGAACAACUACGUAUACAAACCAAGUUUUAUAAACUGGAUGAAAUCCAAGAUAAAACUUUACCUAAAAAUCCACCAACAGGGUACGACAAUCUUGUUACCUACUUUCAAUAUAUGACCUACUCUUUGUUUUUAGAAGAAUUGUACCAUCAGGAUUUUUGUUCGGAGACUUACAUCAAGAAAAGUUCUGAUAACAAUCUGAAUAUUUUCGUUUCAACUAAACAAGCUUUUGAAUUAUAUGUUCAAGAAGAAAUACACCAUCUAAGAAAGCACCCUUUUGUCAAAGAUCAACCGUUAUUUAUUAUUAGGAAAUCUGACGAGUCACUAUGUUGGAAAAACCGACCUCAAUUCUGGGUUGUCAAGGUUAAGAAAUGUGAAGUAUGUCGAUUCAAUAAUGAAACAGGCGAAUUGAUUGCUGUUACAAUCAAAAAGUCAAAUAAAAGAGAAAGAGAAAACGCAAUUUCAAUGUGCUCAGUUGAAAUGUAUAAUUGGAAUGAGUUUUCAUUCCCCAAAAAGGAUCCACCACAUAAUUUUACUAUUUUACCAGGCAGUAUUGUGCUUGGCAGAAUUUUCGACUCAAUGUCUAGGAUUUCUAAUCCGACGUUUAUUGAUUUGAUUUUAGGUAAAACGAAAAUCAAGUCUGUUUCUCCAAAAAAACCAAUCACUGGGUUAUACUCAACUUUAAAUGACUCACAAAAAACAGCUCUUAAUGCUUGUUUAAGCAAUGAAGUCACUGUAAUCCAAGGCCCUCCUGGUUCCGGUAAAACCAGUACUAUUCACGAAACAGUUAUUCAACUUUUAGAUCACGGGGUUAAACCCGUUAUGGUAGUGGCAUCCUCCAAUUUAGCAGUUGAUAAUAUUGCCGAGAAAAUGAUUGACAAAUAUAAAGAUAGAAUACUUCGGGUGUGUUCUACAGCUAAGGAAAGAGAGUACAAUCGUGAUCAUAAAGUCGGUUCCAUCUGCCUUCAUAAUAAACUCACGAAACAAUUUUCUAAAGACCUAGUUGAUAUCGAAAAUAGGUUUCGUGAGGAUCCACGGAAUAUUGACGGUAAGGAACUCAACAAAUACAUUGAUCAGAGUAGUAAAGCUGCUACCACAAUUGUUAAUUCAGCCGAAGUUAUUUUUACAACAACUGCAAGCAUACUGCACAAGCAUUUGAGAUCAAUUGAAGGUGUUCCGGUUAUUAUUAUGGACGAAGCCACUCAAUCUUCUGAACCACUAACUAUGAUUGCUUUGGGAGUGAAAGGAUGUAGGAAACUGGCAUUGGUCGGUGACACCGAACAGUUGAGUGUUUUCACCAACGUAAGAACAUUGAAAACCUCGCUAUAUCAAAGAGUCAUUGACCAUAGCAUUUUAACUAAACCACAUUUGCUGAAUACUCAAUAUAGAAUGCAUCCUGAGAUUUGUGAAUACUCCAACACUGAAUUUUAUAAAGGUCAAUUAAGAAACGGAAUCACCGCUGAAGAUAGACGACUUAAAAAAAUCAAGUUUCCUUUAUUCUUUUAUGACCACCAGGGGAACCAUGCUAAAGAAUCCAGGAUAUUUUGCUCCAAUGGUGAAGAACAGACAUAUUCAUGGAUUAAUACGGCGGAAGUGGGCUAUGUGGUGGAGAUGGUGGAGAAUUUGAUCAGAGACCGUGAAUUGCAACCAUCUGAUAUUGGUGUAAUGACAGGCUACUCUGCCCAAAGGGAGCUCUUGAUAAAUGCUUUUAAGAAAAGUCUCGUUGUUAACCCUGAACGCUGCGAUAUCAGCUUCUCUCUAGAUAACGAAGAUCUAAGCAUAAAUCAGAACAGUACAGUCUGCGACAUCAAUGGUUUGAUUAUUGCAUCUAUUGAUGCCUUUCAGGGGAGAGAAAGGAAAAUAGUUGUAAUGUCUUGUGUUAGGUCAAAUUCAGAGGGUAAUAUAGGAUUUAUGGCUGAUCAUAGGAGAAUGAAUGUUGCGAUCACUAGAGCUCAGUAUAGCUUUGUAAUGGUGGGGAAUUUUAGAACUUUCUCAAAAGACGUACAUUGGGGCCAGUAUUUAUUAUCUUUGAGUAAGAAGGGUUACGUGAGAAUAAAUAUAUACGAUUACUAG